AUGCCUGUGUCACAGAUAGUUAUAGUUCGCCAUGCGACUAGAGCCGACUCUGUUGACCCACUGUGGUCGAAAACAUCACCAAGUCCGUACGAUCCUCCCUUAGCCGAUCCAAAGGGGUUUGAUGAGUCCUUACAAACAGCUGCCUCUUUAUCCAAACAACUAGCGGGUCAGACUGUAGUUAUCCAUUCGUCACCUUUCCUACGAUGCGUGCAAACAGCUGUGAGCAUUGCCAACGCGUUGGAUGACCCUGAAGUAUCGAUACGUUUGGAUUCUGUUUUUGGCGAGUGGCAGAGUACAGACUAUUUCACUGAUAUAUCACCUCCACCGCCUGACGGACAUCGCUCGAUCGCUGAGAAUGCCUGGACUUGGUAUUAUUUAAACUGCAUGAAAUCUAUAAAUGAACGUAGACGGUCGAUUCUCGACACCACUUGGCCUCUUCACAAGCUAGGUUUUGGUGGUGACUAUGGUGAAUCAUGGUCAGCUAUGCAUAAUCGUUUUGACCAUGGCCUGAAGGAGCUCGUAAGUCAUUACGACAGUGUGUGCUCAUCGCCUGUGACGGUUGUGAUCGUCACCCAUGGUGCUGGUUGUAAUUCACUUCUCGGUCUUAUAUCCAACCUUCCUUUAUUGACUAAGAUUGGUUUGGCAAGCUAUGCUAUUGCCAAACGGGUUACAUCACCGUUGCAAGAUAACGAUUUUAAGUGGACGAUAAUUUUCAACUCGAAUAAAAGCCCUCCCGACGAAACAGCACGUAAUAUUCCCCAACUGUCCUCGUCAAACUCCACAUCUUUUUCUAGCAUUUCUGAUAUUGGUGAGGACGAUUAUACCCCUAAUAUCACUCGGUCCCCUGAAGAUACGCCAUCUGAAGAUAUGCCUACGUACCCAGAUCACCAUCUGAAUUGGUUCACGCCAUCAAUUAAUGCGGUGCCUACUCUCAACAGUCUUGUCUUUGAUUUAGGGGCAGCGCGCCCUGCUACCCCCUUGCAUGAACAUACCACCAGUGAAGAGCCUAUCCUUCUCUCCUUUGGUGACGGUUUUGAUAACACAUCGAUUCAUACUGCUAAGUCGUCUCCUUCGAUGACUCCUAGCCGUUCUUGA